AUGGAGAGCCACCGAAGGCAUCCGGCCUGGCUGGGCUGGAUGUUCUCAGCAUUAUACGCGACUGGUGUCCACGGAGCCGUGCGUGGGCAAUGGUCCGGCAGAACCCUCGGCCCCGAUGGGCCGUGGAACGCGCUCGAGGUUACGUUGGGAACCGACCAGUCCGUGACAGUGUACGGAGGCAAGAUGUGGGAGUCGUACUUCCUGGGCAACAACUACUGCAAGGCGACGACGACCGGCAGUCAACGAUGCUACGCGGCGGAGAAGGGGGCGAUAUACAACGAAAGACAGGGAACCGGCAGCAGCAUGGGGAUCUCAUUCUCGCCGCCCGACUUCUGGUCUUCGAGUGUCACCACCAAUGGCAGCGAAGCUAUGCGCUGGGCCGACGAUUUAUAUAUCUCCGACGACACAUCGCGGUGGGGGGUGGGAGUCAUCUCGAACGUGUCAAUGGCGGUGCUGAGCGACACACAACUGGUCUACCCCAAUGGCAAGUCCUAUCCUCUAUUCGCGGGCUGUAUGUCGUUCGGCGCUGGGCCUAGAGGAAUCAACCAGACCUUUCAGGUGAGCGCAGGGACCUUGGCCGGCGCCAAGAAUGUCAGUCUGGUCGCUGGUCAACUGGCCAGUCACAGCAAGAUCGACUCGAACUCCUUCGGCAUGCACAUGGGCACGGGUGCGACGCCAGCUGUCCCCGGAUCCCUCUGGUACGGUGGAUACGACCAGAACAGAGUCCUGGGGGAGGUACUGGCGGUGCCCAUCCAGCCUGACUAUCUCAAAUACAGUGCGGAACUGUCCGACAUCUCGAUAACUACACUUGCCGGCGAUUCGCCGUUCUCGUUCACCUCGAAGACAGGGCUCUUGUCCUCGGGCAACACGACGAUAGGAAGUUCACUGGAGGUAGGAAUCGAAGCUUGCGUUCCGUACCUCAACCUUCCGAAGAGCACCUGCGAUGCCGUCGCAAGCAAUCUGCCGGUUACAUACGAUGCAGGGCUUGGACUGUAUAUGUGGAACACCGGCUCAAGCGACUAUAAGCGUAUCGUCACAUCGGCGGCGGCGCUCACCUUUAGCUUCCCUGACCCCGAUAACAACGCCAGGACCGUCAAUAUUUCGGUUCCUUUCCGCCAUCUGAACCUCACCCUCGAGGAACCUCUUGUGUCCACCCCUACUCCCUACUUCCCGUGCAACGGGGCAUCGACAGGCAGCUACUCUCUCGGAAGGGCGUUUCUCCAGGAUGCAUUUUUCGGUACAAACUUCGAAAAUGCAGUAAUGUACCUGGCCCAGGGCCCCGGGCCAAAUGCCAAGACCGAGAACAUUGUUUCGAUCCAUGGAAAUGACACCGUCGCAGCCAGCCAUAACGAUCUGGUCAAGAGCUGGGAUGGCUUCUGGGCUCUUCAUGGCGAAACCAACGCCACGUCUCUGAAUGGCACGAGUUCUUCGGGCACCGAAGACAGUGGUUCCGGCACAACAGAAUCUUCUUCCAAGACGCCGCUCAUUGCUGGUCUGGCGGCCGGUCUGGGUGGCGGGGUUGUCUUGAUUGCCUUCGCCGCUCUGUUCUUCUUGAGGAGAAGGAAGCGCCAAGAAGCUGAGAAACCAGUCGAGCAACAGCAGUAUUAUCACGAACAACCGCUGUCGUCGCCGGCGCCGCCACCCGCCGCACAACCUAUGAGCUACUACGACCCCAAGUACCAGCAGCAAGCGCCUAUGGAGCUGCCGACAGAGGUCAACGCCGCGGAGCUCAGCGGAUAUCCCACGGCGGAGUUACCAAGCGAUCCGCAACAGUACUACCAACAUCACACCCCGGAUCAGUACAACAAUGCGCAGCAGGUGCCACAUACCGCCUAUAAUUCCCAGCAGGGACACGAACACUACAGUCACGGCACACUCAGCAGUGCAGAACCGACGUACAACAGCGCAACCUCAACCUAUGUCUCCGGCCAAAGCGAAGCGCAGAGACAAGGUGCUCGGCAUGGACCGGGCUCGUGGUAG